AUGAUCGAUAUCGAUAUCGACGGGCUGAUGUUGGGCAGGCGUGAUGCCAUUGAUGAUGGGGACCCAAAUCCGCGAGGCGAGAACCUCGCCCACCUCUCCAUCAUCUUUGUGUGUUUGGCUGGCUUCUUUGUUGUCCUGAGGAUGUUAACGAGAUACUUCCACACCAAGGCGUUUGGGGCCGACGAUGCCUUGAUUGUGGCGUCGCUGACCCUUUCUGUUUGCAUGACAGUUGCUUACAAUGGAGAAGCUGGGAACGGAUUCGGUCUUCACAGUGGCGAGAUCAACCAAGACCACAAAGUCCUCGCCUUCAAGUGGUUCUUUGCCGCCCAGAUCCUCUACAAGGUCGCGACCUGCCUCACCAAGACGUCCCUCGGCAUGCUAUACCUGCGCAUCUUCCCCGGCCGCAAGUUCCGCAUCGCCGUCAUCAGCGUCAUGGCCAUCACCGUCGCCUACACGCUGGCCGCCGUGCUGCUGACAGUCUUUGCCUGCAAGCCCAUCGAAAAGUCCUGGCGCAAGACCUUGCCCGGCGUCUGCGUCAACUCCAUCAGCAUCUGGUAUUCGACGUCUGUCUUGAACAUUGUGACGGACAUGCUGAUUAUCGGGCUGCCGGUCAACGAGAUCCGACGACUUCAGUUGCCGCUGGCAAGGAAACUGCUAUUCUGCGCUCUGUUUAGCCUCGGGGUGUUUGUCAUUGCUUGCACGGUUAUUCGAAUGAUUACCGUGUCGCCGCAGACGACGGCUUCGGAUCAGACUUACUACCAGGCCGUAUCAAACAGCUGGACGUUUGUCGAGACCAAUGUCGGCAUUAUGUGUGCUUGCCUCCCGAUCGUCUGGGUUCCCAUCACGAGGCAGUUGCUUCGAUUUCUCGGUCUCGGGGGAGAAGACACCGCAAUCACGAGCAAGUCUGGCCAGACGUUUACCAUCGGAUCGCAUGGCCGUGGCGACAGCGUGGAGGAGCUCAUGUUUGACGGCAUCAAGAUGACGCGGAGAUUCAGCGCGCAUGUGGUCCGCGAGGACCAUGGCCAGAAGGAAGCUCCUGUCGGCGACCGUCCGUGGGAGCAUGUCCAUAAUUCGAUACCUUCAUAA